GUUCUGUUUCUACUAUUCUCUUCAUCAGGCGGAGAGAGGGACAAAUAGAUAUAGGGUUAGGGUUUUAGAAUUUUCGGAUUCUCGUUUUCGAUUAAGGUGACGACAAUGGAAGAAAUCACGGAGGGAGUGAACGCCAUUAACAUUGGAUCAGGUGAUACCUACAAGAAGAACCGGAUUCAAGUCUCCAACACCAAAAAGCCCUUGUUUUUCUACGUCAAUCUCGCCAAGAGGUAUAUGCAACAACACAAUGAGGUUGAGCUUUCUGCUCUUGGAAUGGCUAUUGCCACGGUUGUCACUGUUGCUGAAAUUCUGAAAAAUAAUGGAUUAGCUGUUGAGAAAAAGAUAAUGACCUCAACUGUUGACAUGAAAGAUGACUCAAGAGGUCGACCAAUCCAAAAGGCUAAGAUUGAGAUAGUGUUGGGAAAGACUGAAAAUUUCGACGAGCUGAUGGCGGCUGCUGCGGAGGAAAGGGAAGCUGCAGAGGGUGAAGAGCAGAAUUGAAGUGUGGUGGUUUUUUAGUCUGUGGUUUUGCUUGUUUAUUAUGAGAGAUCUUUAUUAUUCUUUGCUGUUGAUUAUAGGUGUAGGCUUUGAGUAAUUGUUGCCCACACGAUCUUGAUAAACAUUUUUAGGAGCUUAGAUUCAAAGUCACUUUUCUAGUCGAGAUCAAAUUUUGUGAUAUUAGCUUUGGCUUUUGAUUCGGUGUAUGCUGGUAUUUUAUGUUACCUUUUUCA